AUGAGAAAGUUUUCGUUCAAGUCAGAGCCUCGAUCGAGGCACUACAAGAGACAGGACGAGGAGGGCGACCAAAAACACCACAAGAAGAAACACGGAAAGCAUCCAAAAGCUAACAAAGACGAUGGCACAAAGGACAAAGGUUCGAGUCAGAGCGGCGACGCACGAGAUCCCUCCGCGCAGUCGCCGAACGCAUCAUCUACGGCAAAGGCAGCUCUGCCCGCCUCAGCAGAAGCGUCUGUACCUCCGUCACCGCCAACACAGGGGGAGUCAGCUUCAUUGGCCGGCUCGUCCGCGCCGACAAACGGAGACGGUCAGCGUACCAGCCUGCCUGCACCUGCCGUGGACAACGACGUGCGUUCUGCCCAGGCAUCACCAGCUGGGACGGGAUUCAGCGUUGAAGUGCUGUCCGCGGCAAUUUCGGGUGGAGUCGUUCUUCUGCUCGUGCUGCUCGGAGUGAUCGUUCUAUGGCGCAAACGUCGUAGGAAUGCAGUCCAGAAAGCUGGUUCUGCCCCGGACCUUCGCCUCAAAAUCGGUCCUCCCGAAAUACCAGGCGAAAAGUCUGUGAACGACACAGCCCACGCGAUGGACAGAGGAACAAAACAACCGUCACAGACGAGUCUACAGCACGGUCAUGUCAGCCUUCGAAUGGCCCACGCUCAGCAGAGUGAUCACACCUUGGUCGAUGGCGAACGGAGCAAGUGGCCUGCUUGCGAUGACACAGCUGCGCAGCUUCGACGUUCCGAUUCCUGCCGUUCGGAGCUUCAGCAGGAGUCGCUAUCUGGUAGGCCAGAGCUGCUGCCAGAGAACGGCUGGGACAACAUUAGGGCAGCAAGUCCGUAUGACGGCGACGACAAAGAGAUUGAUCGGUGCCUUAGCUACUACAUGAAGCGUAGCACGCGCGUCUCGCUACCUCCUGUGGAACUGGUCGAGGGAGGAGAGCCAUCGAUGCUCGAGGACAAGACGAGCUCGCUGCCGCCGUCUCCGGUUGUGAAUCGCAUGUCGACACGCAAAAGCUUUGUCUUUCCCAAGACGGCCGGUCUGCUGGCUAAGAUUCGAAAAUCACAGAUCCGACUCAACAACGAGGCGCUGGCGACCGGGAGCCACAACGACCAUCCGCUCCCAGUUACUGGCUUCAAUCUCGAUCACGGCACUGGAUCGACUGGGUUGAUGUCGAGCACUAUGCCGGACUCGGGUGCGCCAACGCGAGGGAGCGAGGAGCACGGGAGUACGUUAGAGUCGCUCAGCCUUGGGCGCGCUGGUCCCGACAUCCCCUCGCAUUGGCGCUCGAGUACGAGGCUUCGUCGAUCGUUCGCAGGGGACAGAGACGGCAAUGCUGCGAUAGACUCUUCUCCUAGCCUCAGCGAACCACACCCAGCUUUCGAGUACAAUGACUCCUACGAGAACCACACCCCUGCAGCUCAUGGGUCGCCUUGGCUGGGGGUAGGUGAUGGUUACGACUGCUACUCGGCGACAUGGCAGGACCGUUCGCCUUGUCGAUCAUCGGCACUGUCGCCGCGACGCUCGAUGACAAGUACGGUGCGGCAGCGCAGUGCAACGUUCAGCCAGUGUGCUCCGUCUAGGUCGCCUCUUUUUCAGGAAAAUGACGCCGACGGAGCUCACGCCGCUUCACCCAUAAGCGCUCGUCAUCUGUCACAAGAGGCCAACGAUGUCAUCCGAUUUUAG